CCCCUAGUCUCAUUGAUGAGGCACAAGCCAAAAUACACCACACCUGACAUCUAUACUCCUAUGUUCAGCUCCAAGCUUCCCAGUAUGAGCGACUUGCGCAUCCUCUUUAUCUUCUUCCUCUGCUUCAUCUCCUCCAUCCAUGCAGCCACCUUCCAAAUCACCAACCAGUGUUCUUACACCGUCUGGGCAGCUGCCUCUCCCGGUGGUGGCCGCCGCCUGGACCGCGGCCAAAGCUGGACCCUCAACGUGCCCGCUGGCACCAAAAUGGCCCGAAUCUGGGGUCGAACCAACUGCCACUUCGAUGCCAGUGGUCGUGGCAGGUGCGAUACCGGUGACUGUGGCGGCGUCCUGAACUGUCAAGGCUGGGGUUCUCCACCAAACACACUGGCAGAAUACGCCUUGAACCAGUUUGGCAACAAGGAUUUUUUCGAUAUAUCUCUCGUUGAUGGGUUCAACAUCCCUAUGGACUUCAGCCCCACCAGCGGCGGGUGCCGUGGAAUCAAGUGCACGGCGAAUAUCAACGGGCAAUGCCCGCAGGCGUUGAAAGCUUCGGGAGGGUGCAAUAACCCGUGUACCGUGUUCAAGACUCCGCAGUACUGCUGCAACAAUAUUAAAUGUGGACCGACAGAUUAUUCGAGAUUUUUCAAGACCAGGUGCCCAGAUGCGUACAGUUAUCCUCAGGAUGAUCCCACAAGCACAUUUACAUGCCCUGGUGGAGCCAACUAUAGAGUUGUGUUCUGCCCCACAGGCUCUUCCAACAAUAUUUUUCCUCUGGAGAUGUAUGGAAGUGAUAGUGAGGAGUAAAGGGUCUUCAAAAUCCGAGUGAAAUAAGGCAUGUGUGUGAGCCCUCCUCAAUUAUCUCAGUACUACUAGGUUUUCCAGCAUAAUGUUACAGUUCUAUGGACUAGUAGCUUUCUUUUCAUCUGUAGCUUUCAUGAUCUCCAUGAGAUGGAAGGUGAAAAGACAAUAAAGGAAAAAAAAGUGGUGUAAAGAUGACUGUUUAGUGUCGUGUUUGUUGGUCUUGAAUGAAAAUAGGCGACGUGGGAUAACGUUGUUUGUUAAUGAGUGCCUGGUUCAACCUAUUUACAGGUGGACCAUUCCAGUAAGACGAGUUUGGCUGAAUAUUGAGGGCCCACAGAAAGAAAAUUUGGAAAAAUUAAA